AUGAGCAACCCCGUCUUCAUCAAAUCCACUAAAACCAAAAAGUUAUCAUUAGACAAAAUAGGAGAAUUGGAGGAUGAUUUAAAGAAUAACCCCUUAGACUACAACAAAUGGAUCAAGUACUUGGACCAUUUGGUUGCCAAGGACAACCAAGAACAAGUAAGGGAAGCUUUUGAAAGAUAUCUCGAUAUUUUCAAGUUUGAUGCAUCACAAUGGAACAAGUAUAUCAAGUAUGAACUCGAUAGAGGUGAAAAAGAAAAAGCAGAGACGCUUUUCCAAAAGUGUUUUGCCACAACUGAAAAUGUGGAGUUAUGUCGCCUGUAUGUUGAUUAUGUGAGAAGUGUUACCGAUAUGGUUACUGGUGGUGAUAAAGCGAGGGGAACUAUCAUCCAAGCAUUUGAGUUUGCCGUUGACAAGGUGGGAAUAGAUGUGCAGAGUGACAGUUUGUGGCAAGAUUACAUUAACUUUAUCAAGUCGUGGACUCCCGCUGCCAACUGGGAGCAACAACAAAAGACAGAUUUGAUUCGAAAGGUGUACAAAAAAGCUUUAGUUGUUCCAAUGGAAAAUAUUGAAUCCAUGUGGACGCAGUACACGAGGUGGGAAAACGAACAAAAUCAAGUUACGGCGCAAAAAUUUGUGUCUGAAAAAUCGGCCGAGUUCAUGGCGGCUCGUUCAUGGAACACCGAAUGGCAGAAUAUCACCAAAAAGAAGUUGAAACGAACAAUAACCCCACAUAAUAUAGACAACGAAACGGUUGAAACACAAAUGAAGUAUUGGUCCAGUUGGUUACUGUUGGAAAAAAAGAACUCAUUGCAAAUUAAGGAUGAGACUUUACUUCAGAAGCGAAUAAAUUAUGUUUACAAAGAAGCCACAUAUGCUCUACCUUUUGUCCCGCAACUUUGGUUUGAAUAUGUAAAACACCUUUUAAACAAUAACGAGGAAAGCAAUUUAGGUAAUUGCAUUUCCAUAUUAAAUGAAGGACUAAAAUUAAAUCCUAAGAGUUUGCUUCUCUCAUUUCAAAUAGCUGAAUUGUUUGAAAAAGAUAAUGCUUUUGAUAAAGCAAAGGGAGUUUACAACGAGAUCAUUUCAAAGUUGAGUGUGGAUCAUAAAGCCGUUUGUAAACGCUUGAAUGAUUUAUACGAGCGAGUGAAACCGAAGGAAGAGAAUAAGAACGAGGAAGAUCAAGAGGAUGUGGAAAUGGAGGACAAUGACACGGGUAACGACAAUAAAAUCAAUGGUAACACCAAUAGUGACAUGAAUGGACAUGGACAUGGACAUCCCAAUCUCCCUCGUAGGCCAAACAUACCUAGCUUACCACAAAUUCCCACAAAUUUGGCACCUGCGCCAGAUGCAAUCGAUCUGGAUAUUGCUCCACUGGCAAUUCAAGUGCGUUCGGCGCUCUCGGGACUGGACUUGAGAACCUUUCUGAAGUUGAAGAAAGAGCGUGAUCAAUUGGUUGAUGAAAUUACACUUACGUACAUCAAGUUUAUGGUUGCAAGUAAAAGAGCUGAAGGGAUGAAAGAAGCAAGAGACGUAUUCCGCCAGGCCAGAAAAAACGAGUCUGUGGGGUAUCAGAUAUAUGUUGAGAACGCAUUGUUGGAACAUUAUGCUGACAACAAGAAAACCGCUUUAAAGGUGUUUGGUGUUGGCCAAAAGGCAUUUCCCACAGAUGGAAGGUUUUUAUUAAAGUUUUUGGACUACCUAAUCAUGACAAAUGAUGUCGACAAACUAAGAAGUACCAUACAGAGCUCGGACACCAACAUUUCAAAAGAAAUCUCUCAAAUUACGGAAGAACUAGCUCUGUCGGGAUUGGAUCCAAUUCUCAAGGAGGAGAAACAACAAAGACUUGAUCUUCAAAAGAGGUCCUUGAGACGAUUGUACAAGAAGUACAUUUCCUUUUCAGCAGACCAUUUGUCCUUGGAUAUAACAAGUAGUUUCACCAAAAAAUAUGAGCAGUUAUUUCCCGACGAUGAUCCGAUCGACUUAUUCACUGACAGAUACAAGCUUGGUGAUAUAAACAUCAUCAAACGAAACGAAUUGAACCAAGAUGAUGCAGAUGACUACGUGGAACAAGCAAGAAAAAGACGCAAAUUAUCUUUUGCUUUUGACAAUAAUGAUUCAAGCUCGGCAGUCAAGAGUAUACAGGAGUCAAGUCGUAUAGAGCAAGAAGUGAUUGAAGAAGAGCAGCAGGAUAAUUCCUCCUUUGUUGGCCCUUCGAUUGUUGCGUUGAUGUCGGCAUUGCCAAAUGCUUCCUAUUUUGGAUUACCUUCGGAGAACGUAUUCAACAGUGAGAAGUUGGUUACACUUUUUUCCAAUUUGCCCAAUUUGGCAUAG